AUGGACGUCUCAGACCUAACCGACCGGCUCCUCCUCGCCAUCCCCAAAAAAGGCCGUCUAAACGAACACUGCCUCACCCUCCUCAAAGGCGCCGACAUCCAGUUCCACCGCCGAAACCGGCUCGACAUCGCCCUCUCGACCAACCUGCCCGUCGCCAUCGUCUUUCUCCCCGCGGCCGAUAUCGCGACGUAUGUAGGGCGCGGGAACGUCGAUCUGGGGAUCACGGGGGAGGACGUCAUUGCGGAGGCUGUUGCGGAUGAUGUUGAUGCGGGGAGUGAAGGGGAGGCGAAGGUGGAGGUGUUGACGAAGUUGGGGUUUGGGAGGUGUAAGCUGUGUGUGCAGGUUCCGGUCGCGAGUGGGGUGACGCGCGCGCGGGAUCUGGUUGGGAAGCGAAUUGUGACGAGUUUUGGGAAUGUGUCGAAGCGGUUCUUUGAUGCACUUGAGGCGGCAGCAGCAUCAACGACAACAAUCCACCAUGCCAGCGGCUCAGUCGAGGCUGCUUGCGCACUCGGUCUCGCCGACGGCAUCGUCGAUCUCGUCGAGUCUGGCGAAACGAUGCGCGAGGCCCGCUUGCACGCCAUCUCGACCCUCCUCACCUCCGAAGCCGUCCUCAUCGCCAACGCCGCAAAGUACUCUUCCACAACCACGAACCAAACGAAGCUAAUCGACACUCUCCGCCGCCGCAUCGAAGGCGUCGUCGCGGCACAGAAAUAUCUGCUGUGCAACUACAAUAUCCACCGGGAGAAGCUUAAAGACGCCGUGAAGAUCACGCCGGGUCGGAAAGCGCCCACCGUUAGCCCUCUGGAGGAUGAGGAGUGGGUUGCGGUUAGCGCCAUGGUGUUGAAGAGUGAGGCGGCGAGUGUGAUGGAUCGGCUGGAAGCUGUGGGCGCGUCGGAUGUGCUCGUGUUUCAGAUUCACAAUUCGAGGGUUGUUUAA